GGCAAAUGACAUGCCGGUAAACGAGCACCGAGGCGACUAAACGCAUCCAUUCGCGCUCGAUUUGACAGCUCAACCAAAGUGACAAGCACACAACUUCCGACAGCCUCUUUUUGAUUAGUUUCAUCAACGCAGAACAACCUGAAAAAAUGGUGAACGUACCAAAACAACGUCGUACUUUUUGCAAAAAAUGCAAGUGCCACAAAUUGCACAAAGUGACACAAUACAAAAAGUCGAAGGAACGUUCGGCAGCCCAGGGCCGUCGUCGUUACGACCGUAAACAACAAGGUUUUGGUGGUCAGACAAAACCAAUCUUCAGAAAGAAGGCAAAGACAACCAAGAAAAUCGUGCUCCGUAUGGAAUGUACUGAAUGCAAGUACCGCAAACAAACCCCAAUCAAACGUUGCAAGCACUUCGAAUUGGGAGGUGACAAGAAACGUAAGGGACAAAUGAUCCAAUUCUAAACGCCGUUCCAUCAUCCACCGGUGUGCACGUUUGUUUUGAGAAUCUUGGACAAAAUCCACCAGCAUCUUUGUCACAUUUUUGAAACAACAUUAUGGUUUAUGCUGAUAAUAAAAUUCAUUAAAGCAUUUUAA